AAGUCUUGAACCUCAAUCAAAUUGUCUCUCCCUCUCAUAAAACCCAACCCAUCGCCUUCCCUUCCAAUUCCAAUCUUCCACCGAUGAUGCCCAAACAGCCCCUUCUUCUUCUCUCUCUUUGCAUUUUUUCCUUCUUCACCGCCGCCGCCGCCGCCGCUAAUCUCUCUCAACAAUUCCGGGAAGCCCCACAGUUCUACAACUCGCCGGACUGCCCAUCCAUGGCUGACGCCGCCGACGAAGACGACGACGACAACAAUAUUAACGACAGUAGCAUCUACGUAUGCUCCGAGAAAGCCGUCCAUGUGGCGAUGACCCUCGACGCCGCCUACAUCCGCGGAUCCAUGGCGGCGAUCCUCUCCGUCCUCCAACACUCCUCUUGCCCCCAGAACGUCGUCUUCCACUUCGUCACCUCCGCCUCCGCCUCCGCCGGCGCGUCCCUCCUACGCCCCACCAUCGCCGCGGCCUUCCCGUAUCUCAACUUCCAACUCUACACCUUCGACGACUCCGUCGUCGCCGGCCUUAUUUCGACGUCCAUCCGCUCCGCCCUCGACUGCCCGCUAAACUACGCCCGGAGUUACCUGGCCAACAUCCUCCCUCUCUGCGUCCGCAAAGUCGUCUACCUCGACUCCGACCUUGUACUCAUCGACGACAUUGCCAAGCUCGCCGCCACCCCUCUCGGCGGCGAAGCCGUCCUCGCCGCUCCGGAGUACUGCAACGCCAACUUCACCACCUAUUUCACGCCAACCUUCUGGUCAAACCCGUCUCUCUCUCUGACCUUCGCCAACCGCAAGGCUUGCUACUUCAACACCGGCGUAAUGGUGAUAGAUCUCGACCGUUGGCGCGCCGGCGACUAUACGACCAAGAUUGAAGAGUGGAUGGAACUCCAGAAGCGAAUUAGGAUCUAUGAGCUCGGUUCUUUGCCGCCCUUUUUGCUCGUAUUCGCCGGGAACAUAGCUCCGGUGGACCACCGGUGGAAUCAACACGGCCUCGGGGGCGACAAUUUCCGGGGACUUUGCCGGGAUUUGCAUCCGGGUCCGGUGAGCCUGUUACAUUGGAGCGGGAAAGGUAAACCUUGGGCUCGACUAGACGCAAGCAGGCCGUGCCCAUUGGAUGCUUUGUGGGCACCUUACGAUCUUCUGAAACCUCCUUUUUCAUUUGAUUCUUGAAGUUUUUGGUUCGUAUCUCUGGCCGAACCUCGGUCUGGAAGUGUAUAGAUCUACUUCGCGGAUGAUGAUGAUGAUGAGACAUGAACGAGUAAUCUGGAAAAUACAGGGGAACCUUCUUGCCUGUAUCCCACGAUAAGUUUACAGGCUUUUGAUUAUGGAAGACGACAAAUGAAAAAAGGUUUUUUUUUUUCACUUUGUAAAUUGAAUCGAGUGGCUACCAAGAAUUCUCUGAAAAUAUUCAGUUUUCUGAAUAAGUUGAAGAUCGUACAGUUGAUCUCAUAACGUUUUGUAAUAAGAGAAGAGAUAAUCUAAAAUAAAAAGUGAUUCAUUCUGUUA